CCCCCCUUUCCUUCCGAGCAGUCUCGUAGCGCAGGGCCGUGUAGGACAGGUAGAUGCUGCAUUUGCUGUCUCCGCGACAACUGCCUGCUCUUCCGGAGCUCGUGGUCUGAGGGCCCGACUUUCAUCUUAGUCUGUUUUUAGACGAAGUCUCACCAUGUUCAUAAGGCUGAUCUUGAACUCCAGCCUCAACCAAUCCUCCCAUGUUGGCCUCCCAAAGUGCUGGGAUUACAGGACAUAAUUGGAAUAUCAUUUGGAGAAAGUGUCAUGGAAGUUCUGCGUCCACAGCUUAUAAGAAUUGAUGGCCGGAAUUACAGGAAGAAUCCAGUCCAAGAACAGACCUAUCAACAUGAAGAAGAUGAAGAGGACUUCUAUCAAGGCUCCAUGGAGUGUGCUGAUGAGCCCUGUGAUGCCUACGAGGUGGAGCAGACCCCACAAGGAUUCCGGUCUACUGUGAGGGCCCCCAGCUUGCUCUAUAAGCAUAUAGUUGGAAAGAGAGGGGACACUAGGAAGAAAAUAGAAAUGGAGACCAAAACUUCUAUUAGCAUUCCUAAACCUGGACAAGAUGGGGAAAUUGUAAUCACUGGCCAGCAUCGAAAUGGUGUAAUUUCAGCCCGAACACGGAUUGAUGUUCUUUUGGACACUUUUAGAAGAAAGCAGCCCUUCACUCACUUCCUUGCCUUUUUCCUCAAUGAAGUUGAGGUUCAGGAAGGAUUCCUGAGAUUCCAGGAGGAAGUACUGGCGAAGUGCUCCAUGGAUCAUGGGGUUGACAGCAGCAUUUUCCAGAAUCCUAAAAAGCUUCAUCUAACUAUUGGGAUGUUGGUGCUUUUGAGUGAGGAAGAGAUCCAGCAGACAUGUGAGAUGCUACAGCAGUGUAAAGAGGAAUUCAUUAAUGACAUUUCUGGGGGUAAACCCCUAGAAGUGGAGAUGGCAGGGAUAGAAUACAUGAAUGAUGAUCCUGGCAUGGUGGAUGUUCUUUACGCCAAAGUCCAUAUGAAAGAUGGCUCCAACAGGCUGCAAGAAUUAGUUGAUCGAGUGCUGGAACGUUUUCAGGCAUCUGGACUAAUAGUGAAAGAGUGGAAUAGUGUGAAACUGCAUGCUACAGUUAUGAAUACACUAUUCAGGAAAGACCCCAAUGCUGAAGGCAGGUACAAUCUCUACACAGUGGAUGGCAAAUAUAUCUUCAAGGAAAGAGAAUCAUUUGAUGGCCGAAAUAUUUUAAAGUUGUUUGAGAACUUCUACUUUGGCUCUCUAAAGCUGAAUUCAAUUCACAUCUCUCAGAGGUUCACUGUAGACAGCUUUGGAAACUACGCUUCCUGUGGACAGAUUGACUUCUCCUGAGGUGGAUCUUGGAAAGCACUAGAAACUAAACAUCUUCACCAGGUGCUGAAGAAAAGUGUCUUCGUUUUAAUUGCCAAGCAGGGAUGUGGACAUUUGGAUGGUGACUUUCCUGGGUGGUUCCCCAUGGAUUCACCAUUGCCUCUAAUGGUGUCUACAGCCAUCAAACUACCAGCUGAGAUGGUGGUGGGCAUAAGGAGAAUUUGUGCCUAUAACCCUUAGUGUGUUCUGGUUUUUUUCUUUUAAUUUUUAAAUUGUCGUAAAAUACUCAUAAAACAUACUGUCUUCACCAUUUUUAAGUGCACAGUUCAGUAACGUUAACUGUUAAUACAUUCAUAAUGCUGUGUGGCCGUCACCGCCGUCCAUCUCCAUAGGCUUCUCAGCUUGUAAAACAGAAACUGUACCCAUUAAACAGUAAUUCCCACUCCUCCCAGCCCCCACAGCCACCAUUCUGCUUUCUGUCUCUCUGGUUUUGACUAUUCUCACUAUCUCAUAUAAGUGGAAUCAUACAGUGACUUGUGUUUUGUGACUGGUUUAUUUCACUUAGCAUAAUGUCCUCAAGGUUCAUCCAUGUUGUGUCAGGUGACAGGAUUUCCUUCCUGUAUUAUACAUAUAAUGGAAUGUUCCGUUACAUGUGUAUACCACACUCUGUUCCUCCAUCAGUGAACACUUGGCUUGCUUCCUCUUGACUAUUGGGAGUAGUGCUAAUACAGACACGGGUGUGCAAAUAUCUCUUUGAGACUCUGCCUUUAAUUCCUUUAUCACCCGGAGUUUUAUCUUUAGCAAAGUAACUAUUAAAGUUUCUUGCCUUUUACUUUGCUUGGUCUGUCAUUUUCCUACCAAAGUUUGUCCUCUCAAUAUUUGUUGGAUUCCUGUUCCUUCACCCCAUCCCCACCCUCAUCUUCCCAUGCCCCUGAUGGAGUUGCAGUGUUGUAGCCCUUUUUUGUUUACUUUUCAAGGCAGCAGCAAAAGAAACUGAUGAUAUCAGCAGGACUGUGCAGAGUUCCCUGAAAGAAUGUCAGCCACAGGAGGCCCUCACUCCUCCCUCACCACGGACCAGCAGAGGGAGGCGGGAAUGCUGGGGAGCCCCAGCCUCCCACCCCUGCCUCCUCACAUUCUUCCUCCCUCCAUGUCCUCUCCUUCUUCUCCUUCCUUAUUCUUCCCUUGAUUCUUUCUCUCUUUAUAUUCUCUAAGUGUGCUUCUGAACUCUGUGUUAAGUUGCUACAUUGUGAGGACUGUGUCUAACACUGAGAUUUAUUAUUGGGACUGCACAAAUCACUUGUGAAUAAAAUGUUUAAUGGUG